ACACUGGGCUACAGUGAGUGAUUGUAAACCUUUGUCCAUCUCAGAGUUUAGAUUGGCCUGGCAGUACAGUUUCCGUCCACCAUGUGACGCUGUUGUCACGUGUGUACGUGUGUGUGUGUGUGUGUGUGCGCGUGUGUGUGUAAGAGGUAGUCACCGCUGUUUCUAGACAUUAGCAGCUGAAAGUAGUUGAGCAACACGUGAAUUCCCGGCGGAAAGGAGAGUCGCGAGUGUCACAAGCUCCGUGCUGACCUUUACCAAGCCUGAAACAAGUCCAGCCUAAAGAGCGGACAGGGCGCGGAGCAACAACACCUGGAGAGCGGAGUGUUUUAAAAGUGUCAUUAUGCCAUGGCGUCUCUGGGCGCCUCCUUCGUUCAAAUCAAAUUCGAUGACAUCCACUUCUACGAGAACUGUGGCGGCGGGAGCUUUGGCAGUGUAUACCGUGCCCGCUGGAUCUCGCAGGACAAAGAGGUGGCGGUGAAAAAGCUGCUGAAGAUUGAGAAAGAGGCAGAGAUCUUGAGUGUACUCAGCCAUCGAAAUAUCAUCCAGUUUUAUGGCGCCAUUCUUGAGGCCCCAAACUAUGGAAUCGUCACAGAGUAUGCUAGUGGAGGGUCGUUGUAUGAGUACCUGUCAAGUGAUGCAAGUGAAGAAAUCAGCAUGAGACAGAUCAUGACCUGGGCAACAGAGAUAGCUAAAGGAAUGCAUUAUUUACAUGCAGAGGCCCCGGUCAAAGUUAUCCACAGGGAUCUCAAGUCCAGAAAUGUGGUCAUGACAGCAGACAAAGUUCUCAAGAUCUGUGAUUUUGGAGCAUCAAAGUUUCACUCCCACACCACACACAUGUCUUUGGUUGGCACGUUCCCCUGGAUGGCACCGGAGGUCAUCCAGAGCCUUCCUGUUUCUGAAACAUGUGAUACAUACUCCUAUGGAGUGGUCCUAUGGGAGAUGCUGACUCGCGAGAUUCCAUUCAAAGGUCUUGAGGGGCUGCAAGUAGCUUGGCUAGUUGUGGAGAAGAACGAGAGAUUGACUAUUCCCAGCAGCUGUCCUGCCAGUUUUGCAAACCUGAUGAGGAAAUGCUGGGAAACAGAACCUAUGAAAAGGCCUCUGUUUAAAGAGAUCCUGUCCAUCCUAGAAGCCAUGUGCAAUGACAGCCAGCUCUCUGACCAGUGCAACUCCUUUCUGCAUAACAAAGCAGAAUGGCGGCGUGAGAUCGAGGCGACUCUGGAUCGCUUGAAGAAGCUGGAGAGAGACCUGAGCACUAAAGAGCAGGAGCUGAAGGAGAGAGAGCGCCGCCUCAAGAUGUGGGAAAAGAAACUCAUAGAGCAGUCCAACACUCCGCUGCUCCCGAACCUGGCCAUCCAUAUCUGGACAGAGGAGCAUGUGUACUUCUGGAUGUCGCAGAUAUUUGGCACAGGAGUAGAGUGCGAGAUGCAGCGCUACGCCGAUGUCUUCAAGAAUAACCACAUCACCGGACGCAGGCUGCUGCUCCUCUCUGAGGCAGAUAUGAGAGAUAUGGGCAUCUCCUCUAAAGGGCAUAUCAUACACCUGAAGGCUGAAAUUGAAAAAUUAAGAAAUGAUUACCUGGCACUGCUUCAUUUCCCCCCACUAACAAAGGAUGAAUGUGAUGAAGAGGAGAAGGAAAGCUGGAGGAAGACUGUGAAUCUGGAGCUGGUGUUUGGUUAUCACUGGAAACCAGGGACAGGGCCACAGGACUGCAAAUGGAAAAUGUACUUGGAGCUUGAUGGAGAUGAAAUUGCUUUAACCUAUAUCAGAGACGUCACGUUUAAUGCAAACAGACCAGAUGUGGAAGUCUCAAAGAUGACCAAGCCACCGUUUGUGAUGGAGAAAUGGAUUGUUGGGAUAUCUGACAAACAGACUGUUGACUGCGUUGUAAAUUAUGAGAGUGAUGUCAGGUCUCCAAAGAACACAAAGCAUGUGCACUCAGUGCGGUGGAGCCUGGUCAGUGGUGCAGAUGAAAUCAGAAGCGUGGAGCUGCUCAUAGGAACACCACCAACAAACGGGGAUGGGAAUUUCAGGAGCCGUUCCAACUCUGGUGUUGAUCCUCAGUGGAUUUCCAGUCUCAGAUCAAAGCAGCUCAGAGAUGACCAAUCCCAGGAGCGCCACAGUGCCACUAUAAGCAGCCAAUCAGACAGCAUGACUCUCCCACAGUUCCUGUCUGUUUUUGGUAACCAGUCCUCAUAUGCUUCCGCUGUGCGUAGAUCACCCAGUCGCAGUCCACUUUCAUCGACUCCAUGGGCCGACUCCAGAAGCUCCUCACCUACACUUUCAACCAAACUCUCCUCAAUCCACCUGGGGUCAAAGGGUAGCAGCCCAUCCAGUACGACUUCAGAGAGCACAUCAGAUAGAGAGCGCACGCAUAGCAGUAGACACACGUACAACUACCAAAGAAAGAGCUCCUAUAACUCUCUAACUGCAACUGGAGGAGGAGACCGGAGAAUCUUUAGAGGGGGCAGUCAUACAUCUCAUGGCGGCUCUAAAGGCGGAAGACACCGGACCAACCACGUAGUACCACAGAACCAACCACCGAUCAUCCCAGGACUGGCAACAACAACAGUAGGAGAAAAGCAGAAAGACGAGAUUGAGGAUGCCAAAGCUACAGAAGGAGGAUGGAUUAAAGUAGAACGUAAAAAGCCUCCCAAACAAGACCAUAAGCAACUUGACCAAAGACAGCUCAGAGGCCGUCCUCGAAGGGGCGGAAGAGGGGGGCGAGGGCGGAAUUAAGGGUUUUAAUACUGUAUAUGUGUGGGCAUGUGGUUCGAAGAAUUAAAUUAUUGCACCAAAGAAAAAAAAGCAUAUUUUCACAUGAUGGAGUCAUGGUGCUGGUAUAAUAGAGCUGCUUGGCAAGGGGUUAUAAAUAGAAGUUUUUUAACUAAUAAUUCAUGAUGCCCAUUUACAGGCAAUCACAGGGCAAAAACACAGGUUAAACAUGAAAAAAACAAGAAACUUUUAAGCGCACAAUAGCUAAACCAAAAACCUUCCUUCCUGAUUGAGUCUCACUCUCCAAUAUAGCUGACAAAGCUAGGAAUGUAAACAACACAACCUUUUACCUGUGGUUUUCAGUCUAGUGGUCUGUGAGCCAGUAGAGUUUUUUGUAUAUGUUGGUUUUUUUCCCUUUAAAUACAUUUUAGUAAAAUUAUCGAAGAUGACGGCUGUACAUGGAACUAUGACUGAAAUGUACUUAAUGAUUAAAAAGCAGUCAUGUACUGUAUAUCUGCAUGUUACAAUCAAGUAUGCAGUAAAUACAAUCAAGUAUUUAUUGUUUUUAAAAUGUGGGUGGGAAUAUAAUUAGUGCCUUAAACUUUAGAACAGACAAGGGCACACAAUAAAACCAAAUAUAUACAUAUAUAUAUAUAUAUAUAUACUGGUCACUGGUCAUGAAUCCUCAUGCUCCUGAAUAUUUCCUGCUUUUGAAAAGGGUCUUUUCCACAAACACAAGAAAUAGUAUGAUGUGAUUUUUUAGUGAUUCAGACUACUAAUAUUGUUUGGGAUUUGCACACACACACACACACACACACACACACACCACUGCCACUACUAGAUGAAUUAUCAUUAUUUUUUAUUAUUAUUAUGCCUCAUGUUUCAGACUGUUGUGUUUUGUUAUAGUUUAUAUAUUUUUUCGCCAACUAUAUCCUAUUAUAUCAGAAUAAAA